UUUCAACAGGCAUUAUCCUAUCUAAAUCAACACAGAUAUAUGAGAGAAUGACAGGGCUUUUUGGAGGGGGCCUAUACAGAAAUGCUCGGGGACUUUCCUGGCUUUGAAUCAUAUGGUGUGUAAUGCUGAUGUAAAGCAAAUACUUCAGCUUCUCCUAUCUCUCCAGGACCCCAAAAGAGCUACUUUUUAAAUUUUUUUAUUUUUAUUUAUUUAUUUAUUUGCUUUUUGGGUCACACCCGGUGAUGCACAGGGGUUACUCCUGACUCUGCACUCAGGAAUUACUCCUGGCGGUGCUCAGGGGACCAUAUGGGAUGCUGGAAUUGAACCCGGGUCGGCCGAGUGCAAGGCAAACGCCCUACCCGCUGCGCUAUCGCUCCAGCCCCCAAAGAGCUACUUUUUAAAUAUGAUGACAAUUUAUCCUAUUAUGCUAUACUUCUUUAUUGAAGUAUAAAUCCUACUAGCAAAGAUAAUUAAACAGAAAUUAUUUGCAUACAACUUCUGGCCAUCGUUUUCUACAGACCAACAGAGCGUAUUACAUAUGAAGUUAUAAAAAUUAAUUCUGAUUGAAAUAAACAUCCAUACCCUUCUGUAAAUCUGAAGGUCUGAGUGGACUAGAACUGAAAAGAAUAUAAUUAAAAAAGCAAGAACAGUAGAGAAGCAAUACAGGAAACACAUGAAAUCUUCCUGUUUUGAGUAGAUUAGAAAAAGCACGGCUCUUAAUUCAGUUGAGGGGUAACAUGCACAGAAAAAAAUAGAAAAUCUUAAUUAUGCAUUCAACAGCGUCACAAACUGAACAGACUCCUGGCAGCAAUGUGCACCUAAUUCAAGAAACAGAACAUUUCUAUGAUUCCAAAGUUUUCUCUAUCACGUUAGUUUCCUGCAAAAAUCCAAGACUCAAAGCAAAAGUUACUGUUCUGUUUUAAUUGAUUUCCUGCCUGUCCUGGGCUAAUUUGUGGGCCCUCCAGUCUCAAUUUCCGACUCUGUUAGCACCCAAUCGCUUGUGUGAUAAGCACUGGUUGUGUGAUAAGCACACGCGUGGCCAAACACCAGGCACUGUGCUAUUGGUAGUCAUCAGAACCGUGCUCUUUUGCUUCCACACACAGCAGGAGCAAGGCAAGAAAUCUCAGUUGUCUAAUUCAAAUCCUGCGCCCCUACGCUACUCCUUUGGACACCCGGUAUCACUUUUGGUCGAAGCUGAUGUGUCUUGCAUCGGCUUGCACGGUAUAAGACGCAGGGACGGAGAGGCUCUGGUCCCAAAAUCUGGAGCGGCCAGCAUACCGCCGGGCACGAAAACUCUCCCCCGGAACAGGUGGAAGGUGGAAGGAACGGCUGCGGCCGGCGGGCGGGGUCCGGAAGCGCCCUGGCGGGGGAACUACAUUUCCCACAAGCCCGCGGGGCAGGGCGAGGGGCGGGCGUCAGGGACAUUACCGGACAGGCCUUGCCUGGCAAUUCCAAGUUUCAUGCAGGCUCCUGGGGACGCCGGUGCUGCCGCUGCCGCCGCCUGAGUCCCGCCGACAGACCGUGGCCCCGCGGCCGGCGCCGGCGGCCGGACAUGGCCGAGACCGGCUCCGUGCACCAGACCCGCUUCGAGGCGGCGGUGAAGGUGAUCCAGAGUCUGCCGAAAAAUGGUUCAUUCCAGCCAACAAAUGAAAUGAUGCUCAAGUUCUAUAGCUUUUAUAAACAGGCCACAGAAGGACCCUGUAAACUUUCACGGCCUGGAUUCUGGGAUCCCAUUGGAAGAUAUAAAUGGGAUGCUUGGAGUUCAUUGGGUGACAUGACCAAAGAGGAUGCCAUGAUUGCAUAUGUUGAAGAGAUGAAAAAGAUUCUUGAAACUAUGCCAAUGACUGAGAAAGUUGAAGAAUUGCUGCAUGUCAUAGGUCCAUUUUAUGAAAUUGUAGAGGACAAAAAGAGUGGGAGAAGUCCUGGUUUGACCUCAGUCCGGUUGGAGAAAAUUUCUAAAUACUUAGAAGAUCUUGGUAAUGUUCUCACUUCUACUCCAAAUGCCAAAACUGUUAAUGGCAAAGCCGAGAGCAGUGACAGCGGAGCUGAGUCUGAGGAAGAAGAGGCCCGAGAAGAAGGGAGAGGAGCGGAGCCAGGUGAUAAUGAUAAGAAAAUGAGGAAAUCUGCAGACCACAAGAAUUUGGAAAUCAUUGUCACAAAUGGGUAUGAUAAAGACAGCUUUGUUAAGGAUAUGCAGAAUGACAUUCAUGCUACUUCUUCCCUGAAAGGCAUGAAUGCCCAUGAAGUCAAACCUGUAGAUCAGAACUUGGAGCAAAGUGGAAAAACUGCUGUCUUCGCUCACCAAGAUGUAAAUGAUGAUCACAUUGAAGAUGUUUCAGGAAUUCAGCAUUUGACAAGUGAUUCUGACAGUGAAGUUUACUGUGAUUCCAUGGAGCAAUUUGGACAAGAAGAGGCGUUAGACAGCUUCACCUCAAACAAUGGACCAUUUUGUUAUUACUUGAGUGGCGAUCUCUGUCAGUCCUCGGAAGGUUCUGGUUUCCCUGAAGAUAUUCAAGUAUCUCCUAAAAAUGGCCACUUUGGGGCCAUGCAGGUGGUCGCAGCUGAAAGGAAAGGUGAAGUGAAGCACGGUGGAGAAGAUGGCAGAAGUAACAGUGGAGCACCGCACCGGGAGAAGCGGGGUGGGGAGAGUGAAGAAUUCUCUAAUGUCAGAAGAGCGAGAGGGUAUCGGAUGCAACACUUGAGCGAGGGCACCAAGAGCCGGCAGGUGGGGAGUGGAGGUGACGGAGAGCGCUGGGGCUCAGACCGAGGGCCCCGUGGCAGCCUCAACGAGCAGAUUGCGCUCGUGCUCAUGCGACUGCAGGAGGACAUGCAGAACGUCCUGCACAGACUGCACAAACUGGAAAGCCUGGCAGCUCCCCAGGCAAAACCAUCAUCACAGACUAGUCAUCAAUCCUCACGGAGACCGUCUUGGUGGCCCUUUGAGAUGUCUCCUGGUGCAUUAACUUUUGCUAUAAUAUGGCCUUUUAUUGCCCAAUGGUUGGUGCAUUUAUAUUAUCAAAGAAGGAGAAGAUACACCUUCCCGAAGGCGCCACGGCUAAUGGGCUUCACUAUGUUGAAUUCCUCAAUGGAAGGAGCUCUAGGCACCAGAACCCUAUCCACGCACUCUCCCGUCGCCGGGCCCACCCGGCUGUCUUCCUCGUCCCCCGCGGCGGGUUCCAUCCCAGGAGGACCGAGUUGGAAGCCUGCAGCGGACGCCAAGACGCUUCCCCGCCAACCCGGUUCAAAGUGAGACCACGCCCACGCGCGCGCCUUCUGACGUCACCACAUCGCCGCCCAGCCGCGCCCCCCCCCCGCUCUGGCCACGCCCUUCCUUUUGUGUACGCCGAAGGAGCCAAUGGGCGUGAGGGCGGGGGCGGUCUCGAACCAAUCAAACUCCGCGAGGGCAGGGAGCGAGGCCUAUUUAUCUCACUUGUAGUUGAGAGCAAACCUUGGCGAACUGGAAAUGAGGCAACGGUGACUAGCAUCUGAAUCGGGGAUUUGAAAGUUUCACCGGAUCUCCUAAGAAGGCCAAUGCUUUCAUUGCACUCUGUUAUUAUUAUUAUUUGAACUCCUUGCGGGUCUCCCUGUCCCAACGAAAUGUAAACCACUUGGAUCUGUCUAGCGAAGCGAUUUGACUAGUAAAAUCAGACAAUGUGGACAAACUGGAGGAGCAGGAAGUGGGGCCUGGCCCUGAAAUCUGACAUUUUAACAGGAUGUCACUUUCAUAUCUGAAACAGAUUAGUGCCCACAAGAAGAAUGUUAGAUCUAUUUCGAGAAAGAUUAAGAGCACUAAGUUGUAUCGAAAGGGUUCAAGGCUCAGAAAAAAAAGAACCAAAACGUUAGGUGAUUUGAUAAGGGACCUGUUGAGAGCCAGGUUUAAAAAUAGGUCGAUGCUGAUCACUCUGAACAAGAACUGAGUGUUGAAAGCAAGUAAAGGGCAACCUGAUAACCUUUCAGCAUCUGUAUCACAAACCAUAAAGCGUAAAAUGAGAGCGAGAAAGAGAAGAAAGGUGCC